UCAGCCGCACUUUUUACAACACUGCAUUUGGGCAACGCCACAACUUGCAGCAGUUCCUCUUCCAGAGCCGAGAGCCAGUUUACACCCCGAAAAUCAAGGGAGGACAGUCGAGGGGGAAAGGACUUCCAGCACCCACGGCAUCCUGCGCACCGCCCGCGAUGAACGGGGAGGUCAUAUUUUGCCCAAAGUGGCACCGCGCGUUUUGGUUUCUGCUUUUCGCGGUGCCCUGCUUCCUUCACGCCGGCGAGGCUGAGAUAACUUGCCGCUCGUGCCAGCCUGGAAGUAAGUGGCUCGGACAGGAAUUACUGCUGAAAUUUCACACGAGCGAGUCCGCAACAGGGUUUAGGGGACAAGUUUUUGGGAACAGUGAGCGGAGAUUCGGGGCCGCGAGUGCGGAAACUCCGCGGCUCAGUUGCGCAGCUGGGUCCGCUGAAUGCGCUCGAGCUCGGGUGGAAUACCCGGAGACGAGCCUCAAACGGAAUACGCGAGAUCUGCGCGCAAAAGGCGAACUCGGCCAGAGCGAGUUUACGCAGAUGAAAGUUUCCAACGUGUCUGCGAGUGGCCAGAAGAAGAACGGCCGUGUCGGAGGUGUGAGGAGGGGCGCCAGGAGGAACAGCCACGGGGACAAAGUCGGAUCCUCCCGUUCGGCCCAGAAUCAGGACCGGCGAGAGGCCACGGGCACGGCGGCUGGGCGCAGAGUGGCGCGCUCUGAAUUGCGCUGGAGCGGAGAGGAGCGGAGAGCCGCCGGUCCGAGGCAGGAGGAGCUAAAACUUAACAGUUCGACGUUCGCUUUGACCGGAGAUUCGUCUCACAACCAGGCUAUGGUGCACUGGUCCGGGCAGAACAGCAGCGUGAUUCUGAUGCUGACCAAACUAUUUGACUUCAACCUCAACAGCGUGACCGAGAGUUCAUUAUGGAGGUCAACAGACUACGGAGCAACGUACCAGAAGCUGAAUGACAAAGUAGGAGCAAAGACGAUACUGAGUUAUUUGUACGUGAGCCCCAACAACAAGAGAAAGAUCAUGCUGCUAACCGAUCCAGAGAUAGAGAGCAGCCUUCUGAUCAGCUCCGAUGAAGGAGCCACCUACCAGAAGUACCGGCUGAAUUUCUACAUCCUCAGCCUUCUCUUCCACCCUGAGCAGGAGGACUGGAUUCUCGCCUACAGCCAUGACCAAAAGCUCUACAGCUCGGUGGAGUUUGGACGGAGGUGGCAGCUGGUGCACGAGCGAGUGGCGCCCAAUCGUUUCUACUGGUACGUACGGUGCGCUCCAUAGUGUGGGGUA